UCCUCCUUCGGGAGUUCCCUUAGUAGUUAGUCCCUCUCAGAACUUGUGAUUACGCUCCAAAUUAUACUAUAAAUUUGCAACCAAUUCAUUUUCUCAUCAUCCAAACAGAAAUCAAAAGCUCGUCUUUAGGGUUCAUUUUGAUCAACUGAACUCAUUCCAUUAAUGAGACUAUCUUCGAUGCAAUGAUUCUAUCAAGAAUCAGUCGCUCUCUUUCUCGCUCUUCUCAUUCCGCGUUACAGAGAAAUGUAAUUGGCAAUAAUUGUAAUCUGCGAGGCGUGACUGUAAAGGAAUCGAUUUUACCAUCGGCUCUAUUAGAGAAUGCGUGCAUUUCACGCGUCGAUGGUGGACUAGGACUAGGGAUUAUAAGAGGUUAUCUAACUUUUGUUGGUGGUGGGAGGCAGCUACUGUCGAAAACUAAUUUGUCUAAUUCGAAUUCUCUCCUUGCAAGCCCUAGGGUUCGUUUAUUCUUCUCCACUGAAGCUCCGAAGAACAGAAAGUAUGAGAAUUAUUACCCCAAGGAUAAGAAGGAAAUUCCAAAAGGAAAUGAAUCUGAAAAUAAAGAGGGCUCGGGUGGUGACAGUGGUGGCAGCAGCGGUGCAGGAAAUUCCCAGAACUUCAUGAAGCAGUUUCAAAAUUUUCUUGCUCCCAUAUUAUUCACUAUCUUUCUGUAUUCAUCAGUCUUUUUUGGCCCUCAAGAGCAGAAACAGAUUAGUUUCCAAGAGUUCAAAACCAAGCUACUUGAACCUGGCUUGGUGGAUCACAUUGUUGUCUCUAAUAAAUCAGUUGCCAAGGUGUAUGUAAGGAACUCCCCAAAGAAUGGAAGUCCAACCAGUGAUGAUGAAAUUCAGAGUCCUGCCAAUGGUACUCCAUCCAGAAGGAAUGAUAGCCACUACAAAUACUACUUCAAUAUUGGAAGUGUUGAAACUUUUGAGGAAAAGCUGGAGGAGGCACAAGAAGCAUUGGGGAUAGAUCCGCAUGAUUAUGUUCCUGUAACUUAUACGAAUGAAGUGAACUGGUUGAAAGAGUUAUUGAGUUAUGCGCCAACUCUCUUGCUUUUUGGAACACUCUGGUUAACAGGGCGAAGAAUUCAGAGUGGAUUAGGUGUUGGUGGUUCUGGCGGACGAGGGGGCCGUGGAAUAUUUAACAUGGGAAAGGCACAUUUCACAAAAAUGGAUAAGAACGCCAAAGAUAAGGUAUUCUUUAAGGAUGUAGCUGGAUGUGAUGAGGCAAAGCAAGAGAUUAUGGAGUUUGUGCACUUCCUCAAGAAUCCAAAGAAAUACGAGGAGUUGGGAGCUAAAAUUCCAAAAGGUGCCCUUCUUGUAGGUCCUCCUGGCACAGGGAAGACACUUCUUGCAAAGGCAACUGCUGGUGAAUCUGGCGUGCCCUUUCUGUCUAUGUCUGGGUCUGAUUUUAUAGAAAUGUUUGUCGGAGUUGGGCCAUCUAGGGUAAGAAGCUUAUUUCAGGAGGCAAGACAAUGCGCACCUAGUAUUGUAUUCAUUGAUGAAAUAGAUGCAAUUGGUCGAGCAAGGGGGCGUGGAGGCUUUUCAGGUGGCAAUGAUGAGCGUGAAAGUACCCUUAACCAAUUGCUUGUAGAAAUGGAUGGAUUUGGGACCACCUCAGGAGUAGUUGUACUUGCUGGCACAAACAGGCCUGAUAUCUUGGACAAAGCUCUGUUGAGACCUGGUCGGUUUGAUCGUCAAAUUACGAUCGAUAAACCUGACAUCAAAGGCCGUAAUCAGAUUUUCCAGAUAUAUCUGAAAAAGCUAAAACUUGAUAAUGAUCCAUCUUUUUACUCUCAGCGACUUGCUGCUCUUACUCCUGGAUUUGCUGGGGCUGACAUUGCAAAUGUUUGCAAUGAAGCUGCUUUAAUUGCUGCAAGGAAUGAGAGUACACAAGUGACAAUGGAAAAUUUUGAGGCAGCUAUAGACAGGGUUAUCGGUGGCUUGGAAAAGAAGAAUAAGGUUAUCAGCAAGCUUGAAAGGAGGACUGUUGCUUAUCAUGAAUCUGGUCAUGCUGUUACUGGCUGGUUCCUGGAACAUGCAGAACCAUUGCUUAAGGUAACAAUUGUUCCACGAGGCACUGCAGCGCUGGGUUUUGCUCAAUAUGUUCCCAAUGAAAAUCUUUUGAUGACCAAAGAGCAGCUCUUUGAUAUGACUUGCAUGACACUUGGUGGUCGAGCUGCUGAGCAGGUUUUGAUAGGGAAGAUAUCAACUGGAGCCCAGAAUGACUUGGAGAAAGUAACAAAGAUGACUUAUGCCCAGGUAGCAGUUUAUGGUUUCAGUGAAAAGGUGGGUCUUCUUUCGUUUCCUCAAAGAGAGGAUAUGUUUGAGAUGACCAAGCCGUAUAGUAGCAAGACUGGUGCAAUCAUAGACAGUGAAGUAAGAGAAUGGGUGGCCAAGGCUUAUGACCGUACCAUUCAGUUAAUUGAGGAACACAAAGAUCACGUGGCUGAAAUUGCAGAGCUUUUGCUUGAAAAGGAGGUCCUUCAUCAAGAUGAUUUGGUUAGGGUUCUGGGUGAGCGUCCAUUCAAGUCAAGCGAGCCAACAAAUUAUGAUAAGUUUAAGGAAGGAUUCCAAGAUGAGGAUAAAGAGUCUAAAGAAACAACAAAAAAUGGGACUGUGGUUGAUGAUGGAUCAGCACCCUUGGACCCGCAGGUAGUUCCGGCUUAGCAGUUGAUAAAGUUUAUGGCUGUAUAAAUGGCAUGUAUUUUUUUUUUUUUUUUUUUUUA